GAAACCUAUCGCUGUCGGCGAAACACAGCUUCUACGGGCCUUUUCGGGCCAUCAAGUGCUUACUCUUCAGGCUAGAGAGAGAGAGAGAGACAGAGAGAGAGGGAGAGAGAGACAGAGAUCCAGGCGGUCCGACGACGGCGGAGGCGAUGACGCACGCCUACGGCGAGCCCUCGUACUGGGACCAGAGAUACCAGAGUGACCCGGGGACCUUCGAUUGGUACCAGAAAUACCCAAGCCUAGCCCCGCUCUUCGACCGAUACCUCCUUCGCCACCACCGGCUCCUCCUCGUCGGCUGCGGCAACUCAGCACUUGGUGAGAGCAUGGUUGAUGAUGGUUACCAAGAUGUUGUCAACAUCGAUAUAUCAUCUGUGGUGAUAGAAGCUAUGCAGAUGAAGCAUAUGGAUAAACAAGGACUCAAGUAUAUUAACAUGGAUGUACGAGAUAUGAGUUUGUUCCAAUCUAGUUCAUUUGAUGCUGUUAUUGAUAAAGGAACCCUUGACUCUCUCAUGUGUGGACAUGAUGCAAUGCAAAAUGCAACUAAGAUGCUACUGGAGGUUGACAGGGUCCUCAAGGAUAAAGGAGUAUAUAUCCUGAUCACAUAUGGAGGUCCAAGUUACAGAUUGUAUAUGUUAAGGAGUAUUCAACGCUGGGCUAUAAAUCUGCAUGUAAUAGAUAGAGUAGAGAAGAGUCCAGGGCCGAAGACUUGGACGCUGACCAAUCCGGUGCCAUUAAAUACCGAUGGUAGCUCAAUUGCUACACUUCUCGGUUCAAACCCUGAAGUCCAUUACAUUUAUGUCUGCACCAAGCUUGAAUCUCAAAGACCGCCUCAGAAUGAGACUGACGAUGUCACAGCCGAACAAUAGCUCCAGAUAUUGAUAGGGGGAUCCCAUAAUUCUUGGGCCUCCCACCGUGGGAAACUGUGACACUGGAACGAGGAAAGAAUAAUUGCUCUAUUCUGUCUGUAUUCAUUUUUGGGGAGCUACUCUUAUUUCCCAAACGGAGUUGAGCUGGGUUUUUGCACACUAAUCCUUGUUCGAGGAGUUUAUCGUGUGCGUGUGUGGGAUUGGGCCACUCGUAUACUUUCUGAGACGCUUAGCUGAUAGCAAUUUUCGGAUAUUCCAUCAUGAUCAGUUCUGAAUCUUCA